ACCCCACACAGCACAUAAUUUUUCUUCUCCUUUCUUUUUUCUCAUCAUUUCUGUAGCACCACCGCACCACCACCCUGAUGUUCCCAUUGCCUCUAUAUCCUUACACCGGAAGAAGCAGUCCUCACCUUCUGCCUCCACUCUGCGUCGAUUCGAUGAAGAUAUCAAGAGGGAAGCUCCCGCUUUCCGUCAUGGCAAUCGUCAUCAGCGCCGUAGCAUUGGUUGGGGUGAUCUUCACCGAGGACCUCCGAGCUUUAACUGAGGAAAAAGAAAAGCCUUCCAAUGAAGAUGACACUAUCGAUGAAGAUAGAAUCACAUUCGAUCCCAACGAGUGCAGUGUGAUGAAUGGGAAGUGGGUUUUCAACAGUUCUAGGAAGCCUCCCUAUACUGAUCAGACUUGCCCAUAUGUCGACAGACAAGUGGCAUGUACGAGGAAUGGAAGGCCCGAUACGGAUUACCUGUACUGGGAAUGGCAACUAGAUGAUUGCAAUUUACCAAGAUUUGAUGCUGCUGCCAUGCUUGAAAAGCUGAGAGGAAAGCGGUUGAUGUUUGUCGGAGAUUCGCUGCAGAGGGGACAAUGGCAGUCAUUUGUCUGCCUGGUGCAAUCUCAGAUACCGGAAGAACAAAAAUCCAUGAAUCGCAGUCGAACUUUAUCCGUCUUCAGGGCAAAGGAGUACAAUGCUACAAUCGAGUUCUACUGGGCACCGUUUCUUAUCGAGUCCAAUUCUGAUGCCAACGUUAUCAUCGACACAAGCAGGAGAAUUUUACAUGUAGAUUCCGUUUCCAAGCAUGCACAACAUUGGAUAGGAGCCGAUAUCCUUGUUUUUAACACCUAUGUUUGGUGGAUGACCGGCCACAGGAUCAAGUCUGUGUGGGGUUCAUUUGCUAAUGGGGAUGAAGGGUUUGAGGAGCUGGAUAUUCAUGUUGCUUAUAGAAUUGGUCUGAAGACAUGGGCCAAUUGGAUAGAUUCUAAUGUGAAUCCAAAUGUGACUAGAGUGUUCUUUACUACAAUGUCCCCCACACACUUAAGGAGCUCAGACUGGAACCACAAGAAUGGGAUCAAAUGCUACAAUGAAACAAGACCUGUCAUGAAAAGAGGACACUGGGGGAGCGGAUCAGACAAAAGGAUGAUGCAGGUGGUUGCAAGUGUUAUCAGACGAAUGAAAGUCCCUGUCGCUUUGCUGAACAUAACACAACUUUCAGAGCACCGAAUCGAUGGUCAUUCAUCAGUCUACACAGAAGCGCAAGGACAGAUGUUAACCGAUAAGCAGAAGGCCAACCCAAGAUACUACGCUGAUUGCAUUCACUGGUGCUUGCCAGGAGUUCCAGAUACAUGGAAUCAGCUCCUUUAUGCUUAUUUGUUAAAUGAAGAGCUAAACAAAGACAUGUAACGAUUCGAUACAAAUUUCAUAGGUUUCUAUCCAUCCCAGUACCAUAAUGAUUUAAU